AAUGUGUCGGAAGAGGGAAGCUGAAUCUCGCCAGACCGAGUGACUGACCAUGGCCAGUCGGUCGCGAGACUGUCCUCGCAGCCGUUCAGGAGAAGCUGCCGGUGGCCUAAAGACGUCUCGGAUGCCUCGCCAACAAGAACCGUCCGGAGAGACAGAGGACGCGGCGGAGCCGCUGCGGGAGCUGCCGCGGUGGAUGCGGCUUUACUUCUACGGGAUGCACGGCGUGACUCUGGAUGUCCUGCUCUCAUCGCUACAGGGGGUUUUAAAUCACCGGGACCCUAAACUGGUGGGCUUCUCCUCUCCAUAUCUUUGCUUAAUGCAUUCCCUGACCCACUUUGCGCUGGAGAAGAUCUACUCUCAGAAGAGCUGUUUCCGAGGUCGGCCUGUGGUGUUUCAUCUUGUUUUCUAUCCGUCUGUGUACAUCGGGCUGCAGAUCCUGAUCGGGAACAUUAACACUUUGACCGAGCAGGUGAGGAUGGUAUCUGGCACACAACUGGCCGUGCACUACAUCCUGGCUCUCUAUUUUGCUCAGGUGUUUCACAGAGGGCUGUCAACGCUGCAGUAUCACACCUCCUGCCCCCCCGACCCUCCGAGCAAACCCGGCCCGGAGGAUAGCGGUCAUGACAGGGGGCCUCUUCGCGGUCUCCCCGGCUUUGUGCGCUUCUUGUUCUUUGGGAUGCACGGCUUUCUGGACGAGGUGCUUUUCACCUCUGUUUUCAACCUCGUGGAGAAGUCUGACCGGACCCUCAGCGGUCACACGUCCCUGUGGUCCUUCCUGAUGUACGGGAGCUGCAGCUUCGUGGUGGAGAAGCUCUACCUCUACCUGCACUUUAAGAGAGGCUGGGGGACGUGGCGGCGGCUCCCCAUCUACAUCUGCUUCAUCUACACCUGGGAGUUCUCCUGGGGUCUGGUGCUGAGGCAGUUUGGCGCCUGCUCCUGGGACUACUCCCAUUAUCCUCACAACUUCAUGGGGCUCAUCACGCUCCUGUACUUGCCAGGCUGGGUCUGCCUCAGUCUGUACCAGGACGUGCUGUCUAAUGUGCUGCUCAGAAUCAAGUGCAACAAAAAUGUCAAUGGUUUGAGUGGGGAGAAUGGAGAGCUCAAUGGAGAGCUGGAGUCAAAGGAAAAACUACUUUAAUUUAUCUAUUGACUUGUAGGGAAAGUCGAGCUCAUGGUAAACUAAUGAGGAAACAAGCAGGCAUUAAUAUAUUCUAAUAAACAACAUAAUGAAACUGAUUAUUAGGUUGUUAUUCAUCAAGACCAGGACCAAUUUGACCUUUCAGCUCAAGUCAGGGUAUAAAUAGGUAUUUAAGAUAAUUACUUUGACUCUUUGGACACAAAAUGUUGUUAUUUAAUACAAAAUUUUAUAGGGAUGCACAAAUUUUGAAAUUCUGGGCCAAUACAGUUGUUUAACAAUGGUCGAUGUCUAUGUUUUUUGUUGUUGUUUAUUUAUUUUGUUUUUGUUAUUUAUAACAGUGCUAUAAAAUGCAUUAUAGCAAAAUAACUAUUUUAAAAGGGCUGUUUUGUCCGAGUCCUACCACGGAGCAAAAUUUGUGUGACACAUCAGAUACAUCGGCCACCGCCAUCGGUGAGCGUCAUCUCAUUCGCCGAUCAGUCAACAGGGCAAAUAUCAGCAGAUAUACAGGUGCAUCCCUAACAUUUUGUACCAUAAAUAUUUUUUUUCUGUAAGUUUCGAGUCGUUUAGAGAGAUGAAACAUUUUUCAGCCAUUAAAUUUGGGUCCAGUAAUAAAGACACAACUGACCCCGAAUUUUUUAACUUCAGUUAGCCUACUGCCAUUUUUAUCUUUCUGAUGUAAAAUAUAAUUGUAAUAUUAAUAUUUUACAAGUCUUCAUAACUUUGGAAGUGUGAAUACUCUUUUUUUUAAUGAUUGCAGUGGCAGAUUUGCCAUCAUUUACAUGACAUGCAUUGUGGCAGUUCUAGUUUGAGUUGGAUUUAUUGUGUCAUUUACAUUAUGCAUUGGCAUGCUUUAACUGUAGCUCAUAUCUGCAUGCUAAGAAGUACGAAAAUAAAUAAAAUCCGAAAGGUUUUUGGAUUAGAUAUAUUCAAAAGUCUAUAUUUUAAAGACAGAAAAAAUAUGAAAACAACUGGACAGUAACAAGCAAUGAGUUUUUUCUCUUUUAGUGUUAGUUUACAUCAUGAAACAAACUCCCUAUGUUUAACUCAUCUUGUUAAUGUGACCCCUGACUAAUGCAUGGUAAAAAUUAGAGUAGAGAUAAACCCAGUAAUAUAUGUAGCAAAAAAACCUGUAGCUGAGUGGAUACGAGGAGCCAAGUGAGAAUUUACUGUGAAUCUUUUAUGAACCAAACGUUACUUUGCUGGAGUGCCUUCCUGUUCAAACGGAGUCAACCAGAAACAAACAAGCAGGGCUCAGUGUCCAUGUGCUUGAUAUUAGAAACACAGCAGUGCUUUGCAAUUGAUUAUUAUAAAAAGAUUUUAGCCUUCAGCACUAAUGCAGGCCUCAGUCCAUGAGGUUGCAUUUGUUCCACUAACAGAGCACUAGUUCCACAAAAAUUACACACAUUUAACUAGACCUGGUCAAAUAUACAGAUUUUAAUGUCCAACAGAAGCUAAAACAUAUUCACUUCAAACCCAUGAAUAUGCAUAACUUGAAGUUAAUUUAGUACAAACAUAUUGUAAAUCCAGAUGGAAAAGUUAAAUAUUUCCAAAUGCCUCAUUUCCACUGCAUGAUUCGGCUUGACUUCACCUGACUUAACUAAUUUUAAGUACCUGCCAGGUCAUUUUCUCUAGUUUAUUUUCCAAUGGUUGAAUCCUAUCAUCCGCCACAAAAGAGAGGAUUGACUGGACUUCAUCCAUUGUAUGUCAUAGUUUUGCAUGCUGCUUGAGCUAAUAAAAACAUGCCCUCACCAUUGAAGAUGAUUUGGCUAUUUAAAAAUGUCAGGUUUGUUCAGGAUGCCCCGUGUCAUGUGAGUGACAAUUCUAGAGACGAUUUUCUCUGCCCAAUCAUCUUCUAUCAGCUAAGCUUGCCGCGGUGGUACCAAAAUAGGACCAGAAAUGAUCCACAACUGCUGAUGGAAAACUAAAAAAUAGCGUGUCGAGUUGAGUUAAGUGCAUCGUACCAUGCAGUGGAAAUGCGGCAUAAAUAAACUCCAACUGUGUAUACUGUGUUGAAAAUAUUCUGACCCACAAAUUAGCUUUACAGCAGUCUUAUGCCUUAUAAACAAACUAAUCAAAGUACCUUGCACUGUGACUGAACAUAUGGUGGUAAUUCUCAGCAAAUUUGUCUACUACAGACAAGUCACUUUGUUAGGUACGUAACCAUCAUUUGGAGUUUGCAUUGCUAGAAGUUUAAGCUGUUUUAUUCCCACAGUAGCAUUUUAACUUCAGAAUCAGCCCCAUUAUUUAUGACACAGCCCUUUUGUAAUUUCUUUAUAAUAAGAAAAUAUUCUGUUCUGAUUACACUCUUAAUUCUGAUCAUUUGUAUGAACUUAAUGUAGGAAUGGAUAGUAUUUUCUGAAUGUUUAGAUAUGCUUGUGAUUUGCUGGAUGAAAAGCUUGGAUACAUUUGAAAUCUGUUCUGCAAGAUUUGGGUCUGUUUUGAGGGUUCAGUAAUCCCAGUAACAUACAAUACUUAAAUGGAGGGAAAAAGGAAAUUACGAUAUUCCAUCGUAUGCUGUGUGAGCGACACUGAAAUUCCUGCACAUCCUUAAAUAUAUUUGAAUCAUUCACUUUGGAUUGUUAAAUUAAGAAACCGGAUUUUAUUUUUGUUUGUGGGCAGCCCAGUCGCUAAAAAAAAUAUUGGCAUCGUACACAGAUACACUGUUAUGAAACAUUUUUGGCAGAGUCUGCAGAGGGAGGAACUUGGCAUGGUAUGACGGGUGAAAAACAACUGACACUGAAUUUUCACCCAAGAAAAGUUAUGAUUAAAGUUAUAAUUAAAGACUAUUUUAAAUUCUCUCUCCUCUCUAUGUGAUGCUCUACGUCAGUUACGUAACUGCAUCGAGUAGUUUUUGUUAUCGAAUCUUUAUUGAAGCUACAUCCAGUGGUUACAUAAGGAAGUAGUUGUUUUUUUAAAUCCAAACCCUUAACUAACUACUUUUGUUGGCCAAAUAGUUUUCGUUUGAAUCUUCAUCGUUAACUGCGUGUUUAAAACUGCAACCACGAGGGUCAAAAAGUGACGAGUUGGUAUGUGACGAGAGGGAUUGAGAAGUUGUUAUGGUGGUUCAGAAACGUGAAAAUUGAAAUUUGCAGAAACAUACAAUGCCAACAUUUUAUUCUGGCGACUAGGUUGUUGUGUGUGAUAUAUCAAUGAAUCAAAUUGCAUUUUGUCUACUUUGAAGGGUAAUUGCCACAAACAUUAUGGCUUAUCAUUUACUUUAUCAGCAAAAAUAAUAUUUUUUAAAAACCAUGUUACUGUAACCAGAAAUGAUACAUCUAGCACUGAACGUUCUCAGUAAGCCCAACCUGUGGAUGAUUUUUACAUCUAACUUGGCAGCUAUAGAGGUUUUAGAACAUUUUCAUUCACUAAACCACAGACAGAAUGACUUUGUUCAUCUUUAAGCUUUUCCAUGGCCGAUCAACUGUUUUAAUCAUACUUUACUUUGUGCUGUGUUAUUCACCAAUUUAAAAAGACCACACUGUUAUAGAAAUUUGACUUGCAAUGGCAUGUACUAUACAACUUUACGACUUAAUUAAAUCAGACAUUUUCCUGUG